AUGCUCUUUCUUGUGAUCUGUAAAAAAGUGUUUUUAGAGCAGGGGGUAAUUGGAAAAUUAGGUCAAACGUCAAAAACUCUUCAGAAACGUUAUAAACUUGAAACAAUUCAAGUAUUUUCUGAAUGUUGUCCAGAAUCAGAUGAACGAGUAUUAGUAUUACGUGGUCCGUAUGAAAAUAUUAAAAAUUGUUUAGAAGAAAUCUAUUAUAAUAUUGAACAAAGUACAAUUGAAAUUAAAACAAUGAAACUAUAUGAUCCCAAAAUGAAUGAUGAAAAUUGUUUAACCGAUUAUGGUGGCUAUAUUGAUAUUAAGAAAAAUAUUCAACAUUCAGAUAUUAUUUGUGGCGAUAUUGCUCAAAUACAGUCUAACUCCGAUAAAGUUUGCAUAAUUCCACUCAA